UUGAAAAUAGUUGCAUUUGUUAACGGUACAUCGUUGUUAGCAGGUGACAUGGCGCCUAAACCGCAAGAAGUGUCGGGUGAGGGAACAAAAUGCGCCGACAAAUCUGGAGACAGGGUCGUCAUCUCGGGAAUGGCGGGCCUUUACCCUGACUCGCAUAAUGUCAAGCAGUAUCGCGAUAUUCUUUAUAACAAGGUCAACCCAAUGGCGAAAGCUCGUUGGGAGUACAACCACCCGGAGGUAGCUCAAUAUAUAGGAAAAGUACCAGAGCUGCAGUAUUUCGACGCGCAAUUCUUCAAAGUGCACUAUCGCCUCGGAAACUCCAUGGACUCCAUGGCGAGGAAGAUUCUCGAACAAGCCUUCGAUGCUAUUUAUGAUGCAGGUGUGAGUCCGGAGCAAUUGUCUGGAACUAAAGUUGGAGUCUACGUUGGUACUUGUUUCUCGGAAACGGAAAAGUCUUGCUUCUACGUUGCUACCUCGAGAACAGGCUUCGGUAUUGCAGGAUGCAGUAAAACAAUGUUCGCCAAUCGAAUUUCCUACUGGUUAAACGCGAAGGGACCCUCGAUGUCUGUAGACCAGGCCUGCUGCAGUUCUACAGUCGCUUUAGAUUUAGCUUACCAGGCUAUCAUGCAUGGGGAAAUUGAUUCUGCCAUCGUUGGAGGAGCAAGUCUCUGCUUGCAUCCACAGUCAUCUGUGCAUUAUGGACGAAUCAUGCCCAUAAGUAAAGAUGGCAAAACAAAAUCGUUUGAUAAAAACGCUAGUGGUUGUGCGAGAUCUGAAGCCAUCAAUGUUCUGUUCCUUCAAAAGGCUAAAGAUGCAUUGAGGAUCUAUGCUGAAGUGGUACACGUAAAAUGCGAAUUCAGCGGUUUAAUUGAUGGCGAACAUGGACCUAAGUAUGGCUUUUACCGGGAACCUAAUGACAUAGCGGCGUUUUUGAAAAACUUUUACAAAGAAGCCAAUGUGCCUCCUCAAGCUGUCGAAUACGUGGAAGCGGUUGGUUCUGCUACCCCAGAAGCAGAUAAAUCAGAAUUAGAUGCUUUUGGGAAAGUAUUUUGUGAAAAUCGAGACGAUCCCCUAUUUGUUGGAAGCGUGAUGUCUAACAUUGGUUAUGGAGAGGCAGCGUCUGGAGUGUCUGCUUUAACUAAAGUUCUUCUGGGUUAUGAAAAUGGUCAAAUGGCAGCCAAUCUGAACUGUGAUAACCUAAGAAACGACGUGGAUGCACUACGUAAGGGCAAAAUACGUAUUGUGACUGAACACCAAUCCUUUGGAGGUGGUUAUACCGCUGUCAAUGGACUCUCAGUGACUGGUGUUAACGCUCAUAUAUUACUACGUGGCCAUAAUAAACCUAAGGACUUAAACCGUUACAAGACCAAUAUACCUCAUCUAGUAACCAUAUCAGGCAGACAACAAUCUGCAGUAGAAAAGAUUUUAGAGGACUUGAAGAGCCGCCCCAUUGAUCCAGAGGAACUUGCACUUUUCCAUAACAUCCAUCAAACUAGAAUCAGCGGUCACUUGGGAAGAGGAUUCAUUGUAUUAGAUACUGAUGAAAAUAAUCAGACAAUAAGCGUCAGCCAAAAAGCUAAUUACUUCGAUGACGCGGCUCGUCCGCUGUGGUUCGUGUACAGCGGGAUGGGCUCGCAGUGGCCCGAGAUGGGGAAGCAGCUCAUGCGCAUACCCGUGUUUGCUGCAGCUAUUGAACGCUGUCGCAAAGUAUUGGAGCCAAAGGGUGUGGAUAUAAUCCAUAUAAUCACUGCACCAGACAAGACGAUAUUCGACAAUAUCUUACAUUCGUUUGUUGGAAUUGCCGCAGUACAAAUUGGGCUCACUGAUGUACUUACAGAAUUGGGAAUUAUACCUGAUAAAAUUAUCGGUCACAGUGUAGGCGAGUUAGGAUGUGCGUACGCAGACGGUUGCCUCACAGCGGAAGAGAUGAUUCUCUCUGCGUACAGCCGCGGGCUCGUGUCUGUACAGACACCGUUUAUACGAGGCUCUAUGGCUGCAGUUGGAAUUGGUUACCAACAGAUUUCCAAAAUGUGUCCACCUGAAAUCGAAGUGGCUUGUCACAACAGCUCCGAAUCGUCAACUAUCUCAGGACCAGCGGACAUCAUGAAGGAGUUCGUUGAGAGCCUAACUGCGAAGGGCAUAUUUGCUAAGGAAGUUCCGUGCUCCAACAUCGCAUAUCACUCAAGAUAUAUUGCUGAUGCAGGACCUGGCCUUUUGCAUUACUUGAGCGAAGUCAUAAAGACGCCACGACUGCGCACCGAACGCUGGGUAUCAACAUCCAUUCCUGAAGAACGAUGGGAAGAGCCACUUGCAAAGUACUCCUCAGCGGAAUAUCACACCAAUAACUUGCUCAACCCAGUUCUAUUCGAAGAGUCAUCUCACCACAUACCAAAGAAUGCAGUACUCGUCGAAGUAGCACCACACGGUCUCCUGCAAGCAAUUCUCAAACGCUCUUUACCUAACUGUACAAAUAUACCACUCACCCGCCGAGGCCAUGCCGAUAAUGUGAAGCAUUUGCUGGAAGCUAUUGGAAAUUUGUACAUGGAAGGGUACAAUCCAAAGAUACAAGCCCUGUACCCAAAAGUAGAAUUCCCUGUAUCUACUGGAACACCGAUGUUGGGACACCUGGUGGAAUGGGCCCAUACAGAAAAAUGGAAUCUACCUCUAUACGUAUCUGCGCAUAGAAAGAUGGCAGCGGCCUGCAAAUUUGUUCUAUCCAUACACGAUGAUGAACACAGCUAUUUACGUGGACACAUCAUCAACGGAACGAACUACUACCCAUUCUCUGCUGCCCUGGUAGCGGUGUGGGACACUCUAGCGAUGAGUUUGGGACAGAACAAGAAGAGUAUAUCGGUUCAGUUCCAGAACAUUCAGUUUUUGGCCCAGCCUUUGUUACACAACAGAAGACAACUACGGUUGAAUGUAGCACUGCACAGAGGCACUGGCAAAUUUGAGGUUACCAAUGAAAGUAUGGCUGUCGUUACUGGAAGUAUUCAAAUAAUCGAAAAGGGCGAUAACCAUCGACUAUUCAAGCUUGACGUUGAACACAAAGAACCAUUGACUCUCCAGAGAGAAGAUGUCUAUAAAUUGCUUUAUACCCGCGAUUACCACUACAGGGAUGAUUUCCGAAGCAUCAAUGCAGUUAACGAGUCGUUAACUGAAGCUAAAAUAUCUUGGAACAAUAAUUGGGUGACCUUGAUUGAUGGCAUAUUACAAUUGAAUGCAUUACGAGUAUCAAAUACCACCAUAUCUCAUCUAGACUCUAUGAGGAGGUUGAACAUUAAUAUUGACGAGCAUAGGGUAUAUCAAGGCAGCAAAGAUCUAACGGCCGAUGUGUUUGAACUUUACGACUGUACUAGGUGUGGUGGUGUGCUUAUAGAAAACCUAAGAUUCUAUGAUAUGCCUUUGAUUAAAACGAACAGUAUUGCUAUCAAGCACUUGAAAUUCGUCCCACAUAUUACAAACAAUCAGCUUAAUGAAUCGUCUGCUCUUUAUGUACUCCUCCAAAUAAUUGCUGAAAAUGUGAACAAGAAUGAACUAAAUGCCGUUAAAAUUUUCAACAAUUCUGAACAUGGUGGCUCAUUUGACUGGCUUAAUGAAACGUUACCCAAAACCACUAAUAUUAAAGUAAACUUUGUUGAAAAUGAAAAUAUUAAUUUCUUGCAAGGAGAAAAGCUUUUGCACGACGUUAACGUAAUAUUUGUAAACGACUUAUCGUGUAAUGAAAAGGUUUGCAAGGAACUUUACAAAAUUCUGCCUCCAAAUACCUUUUUAAUUAAUAAAGAAUACAGCUCUGGGACUAAAAUGCGGCCGUCUUCAUUGUACACUGUUAUUUGUGACCAUGAAAUUGGCAAUCAGAAAAUACAAUUGAUUAAGUGGCAUCCAGAAAACAUCGCAUCAGGCACAAGUGCCGUUACUGUGAAAACAAAAUCAGAUUUAUUACAUCUAAGUUCCGUAUUGGAUUCUGUACCUUCAAAUCAAAGGGUGCUCGUAUUUGCUCAAUACCCAGCAACGCCUAAUUUGGAAAACUUCGUAAAUUAUUGGAGAAAGGAAGGACGCAUUAUUAAUUUAUUUAUGAUAAACCAUGAGUUGAGAGGAGAUCAGUUUAUAGAAGACUUGCCACAAUCCGACUUGGCCAUCAAUGUUUUGGAUCAUGGUAUUUGGGGUGGUAAAUACUACGUGCCAAGGACAAAUUCGUUUAACAAAGGUCAUUGCGCUACGUUACAAAGUUUAAAAAUUGGAGAUAUUGAGUCUCUCAAGUGGUUUGAGGCACCUAGAACUUUAGAAUCUGGAAUAAAUGUUCAGGUUCACUAUGCUGGAAUUAAUGACUUGGAUGUUAAAAGAGCCUUCGGUGUAAUUCCAUUCGGCAAAAACGCUAAGGAAAGCUUCUAUGGAAUGGACUUCAGUGGCGUGACAGAAAGUCGUACAAAAGUGAUGGGUUUGAUCAAAGGUGGAUCAGCGAGCAAUCAAAUCAAAGCCAAUCCGAACCUCUUGUGGCCCGUACCAGAACAUUGGUCACUCGAAGAUGCAGCAACCGUGCCUUUGGCGUACUGUGUAGCUUUGUAUGCUUUGGCUAUGAAAGACAGAUUCUUCCCCGGAAUCACAGUUUUAAUUCACGGUGGUACCGGUGCUCUAGGACAGGCUGCUAUUUCCAUAUGUUUAGCAUUCAAUUGUGAAGUCUUUACUACUGUAAGUGAUCGUAGCAAGAAGCACUUCCUUAAAAAGCUGUUCCCACAAUUAAAAGAGGAGAACAUCGGAAAUUCGAGAGAUAUCACGUUUGGAGACAUGGUUCUAUCUAGCACUAAUGGAAGAGGAUGCGAAAUAGUACUCGGAGGAUUUAAGGGUGAACUCAAGAAUGUGGGAUUGAAAUGUUGUGCAUCAUCUGGUAUCGUGAUAGAUACAAGCUUAGUAAGCAAUCGAGAGGAUUACAACUUCGGAAUGCACUGCCUUACAAAGGAUAGAACUUAUAAAAUGAUAAACUUUUCAUCAAUCUUUGAAUAUGGAAAGGAAGAGGAACUAAAGCAACUGCAAAACCAGUUAGCUGAAGGUAUAGCUCGAGGCUAUGUCCGUCCUCUGACUCGUAUGGUGUACACUCCUGAGGAAGUACCUAGAGCAUUCAAUUUGGUCGCGACCAGCAGACACCGUGGUCGUGUGCUGAUUGAUAUGCAACAAGACAUUUGUGUGGAAAAAGCAAUAUUAAAUUGCUCUUCAAAUAAUGCUCACAUAGUGUUAUCGGAUAGUGAUGUACUAGCAAUGCAACUUGUUGACCGACUAGUCGACCGAGGAGUCCGCAAUUUGAAUAUUAUUUGUGAAGACCGAUCUGAAAGCUUGAUGUAUAAAAUAAGAUCAUGGAAAAACACUGGGGUUGAAGUAAAAAUCCAGGAACAACAAAAUAUUUGGAACAAAAAUAAUGUUCCUAAUAUUCUGAAAGACGGUAAAAAUCUAGAAGGAAUAUAUGCUAUCAUUACGAAUGACAGCAAAUUUGACAACAUAACUGAGUUUUUGGAAGAAUUGGAUUCAAAAACAAGUGAUUCGUGUCCGCAAUUAAGGUACUUCGCGAUCAUAAACGGUGAUAAUGUAAUUGGCGAACAAGUAGCAUUAUUACGGAAGAAACAUCGCAAACCAGCUACCCUCAUCAAACUUCCAUCGUUGAAAAAGAAUGAAAUCGAUGGGCAGUAUCAAAUGCCAAUAAGAAGUGCUAUAGAUGCAGUUGAAGAGGCAGUACUAUCUCAAGAAGCAGUCAGUGAAGUAGUCUUUGUGCCAGCUAAUAACAAAUCUUUGAUUGAUGACAUAGCCAAAUGGGCUGGAGUAAAGAUUCCAAUAGGAGUAGAUGAAACUCUAAUAUUGACAGACCUAGGCAUGGAUCUAGCAAAAGUAGAAGCCGUGCAAGCAGGUCUGAGAAAUGAGUACAAUAUAUCCUGUCGUGAAGAUGAAAUACCUAACCUAACCAUACAAAGAAUACAAGAAAUGGAACAACUAUUGCAAGAAUCCGAGUGUAAAGAUACAAAGGACUUGGACACGUUUUAUUCCUACGUAGAUCCGGACGAACUCUUCGCUACGACAGAGAUGGCAUUUUUGCCCACAUUGACCAAUACUGCAUCUAUGCGUGACGAUGAAUUUGACUCAAGCCAAAAGUUCCUGUGUAUUAUUCCUGGAGUGGAGGGACAUUACAAGCGCUUCUCGGAAUUGUGUGAAAGACUGAAGUUAGCAGCUCUGGUGCUGCAACCUGGUCUAGCAAAGGCCCAAAGUGAAACAUUAAAAGAUAUAGCUAUUCGCUUCGCUAAGACUCUAUUGACGCGGACUGAAUUAAAAGAUAACUUCUAUCUACUGGGUUAUGAAUCAGGAGUUAUCAUAGCUUUGGAGAUGGCAGCUAUUCUAGAAGAACAUGGUCUGACUGGUAUAGUGUACUGCAUUGGAGGUGCGCCUAAAGAAAUCCAAACGAAAUUCGCUUCAAAGCUCCAAGAAUUUAAAGACGAGAUAUCGCUUCAGGAAGCAGUUGGAAAACACAUGGUGAAAGUGAUGUCGGGUCAAAAUAGUACUGCACUGGAUAAAGCUUUCGAGAAGGCUCCAACUUGGAAGGAAAAAGUGGAUAUCUGUGUGCGAGAUUUGAGAGGAAGAGUAAACCAUUCAGCCCAAUAUGCUAAGGAGCUUAUUGAAACAGCUUAUUCACGUAUCUUGCAAGUUAGAAAUUAUUCGUCAAAACCGCAGAAACUGCGAUCCCUCCUCGUCCUGCUCAAACCAAAUGACCUAUCUACAAAAUUAGAGGGUAAAUCUUCUCUGCAGGAUUAUUCUCUGCAACCGAUUGUUGAAUACAAACUUAAAGCACCAUUAGCUCACGCUACCAAAGAUCUACGUUGUGCUGGAAUUAUAAACAGACAUCUGGACGAAGAUAUAUUAGAAGCAUUUGAGCAAAAGAACCUCUGUGAGACGUACCUAUUGAAUGCGGAUACGUUUAUGACAGCGGCUACGGAUGCUUAAUUUUGUACUUUUGUUAAAGUAAAAUAAAGGUUUUGUUGUUUUA